AUGGAUAAGUUCCACAAUUCCUUUCAAACAACCAUUCCUUUUAAACAACCACUCCUUUCGUCAUCAUCGCAUACUCUCACCUGGUGUGAGCUGGACUGUCGUUUUUAUCUACUUUUUGUUACUCGCAAUAUACCUCGCACCACUACCGGAAACAUGAAGUCCUUCGCAUUUCUCUGCCUCAUCUCCGUAGCUCUAGCAGCUCCAAGCCCGCUCUCUUGGCGCAUCAAGGCCGCCGCACCAGCUGCGCCCGCUGCGCCCAAGGUCAACUGCACCGAAGUCCAGGCCAAGCUCGAGAAAGGCAUUAAAGCCAACCUUGACAUCCAAGCCCAGGAGCUCCAAGGUGUGCACGCUCUGCAGCUCCAGGGCGGACUCGCGGAGUUUGAGACUACGCAGCAAUCCGUAUUGAGCAUCCAGCAGAAGGGCAUCACGAUCCGCGCCGAAAACCAGAAGCUGGCCGCAGAGAUCAAGAGCCCAGCUGCCGACGGUUUGGCGAUCGUUGCUGGCGCGCAGACGAAGGAGAUGAUGCAGGUCAUGAGCUUGAAGGGUACGGCGGCAGAUGAGGCAACACUGAAGCUGUUGGUCCAGGAAGUGCAGGACGGCACGAAGCAGAACCAGAAGAACCUGGCAGCUGCUACAAACCAGACAUGUACGAAGUAAUCGUAAUAUCACCGACGGCACAAGAAGGCGACAUGGUUCAUGAAAUGAGUGUU